GGCGGGUUCGAUACACAGAACACUUCAUGUCCACUUUCCUGAGCCGCAUAUCAGGCCAAGCUCAAGCUCCAACAACAAGCUUCUGCGCGUGCAGUGGUGGCGUCAACGUGCAGAAGCGGAUCGGCGACCCGCAGUGACGGUACGCACAUCUGAAGGCGCAGUCGACUACAGUAUAGCCAAGUCCAGACCAUGUAACAAUAUGCGAGGCGGCAGCAGACCCUGCGAGGUGUCCAUGUUGUUGAGAGGUUAAGCAUUGAUCAUAAUGCUUGAUCCUACAAACCAGUCAUGGCCCGACGAAGCCAGGAUACAGCGAUCACGCGAUCACGGACGACGAGCGCUUCCACGACGGGCAGCUUGAUGCAAGAUGUACCAGGAGCGUGGCCGUCGAGAACCAGUACCGAAGAACAGCCUAGGUCAGAUUGGGCGAGUCUGUCGCAAGCGCUUCAUGCCCGGCGAGCAGAAUACGUCCGACAGAAGCAGGUGCGCAUCAAAGUUGGGACGUGGAACGUUGCGGCCUACAAAGGCACGGUGAAGGAUCUGGCUGGUUGGUUCGUCGAAGGCAAGGGUGUUACCGAAGCUCUAGCUGGUCUAACCGUCAACGACCAGACGCAGUCUCACGGUCACGAUGUGCCGGUGCACUCAGGCUUAGAUGAGAGGGAAGAUGUUGCUGCGCAGGAAGCACGCUAUGCGCGGAAGCAAUCGACUCUCCCAAGGAACGACCCUGGGAGUCUGCCGGGCAAUGAUGAUAUCGGGCUGUAUGUGCUAGGCCUUCAGGAGGUCGUAGAUAUCAACAGCUUCACCGAAGCCCUGCGACCCUUCACCGACCCGGUCAUUGCGAACAAGUGGAAGGAUGCUGUCGCCACUGCACUGCCCGCUGGCUACACCUUGGUUGCGGAGCAACAGCUCAUCGGCAUGCUCCUGCUCAUCUUCGCUUCACCAGACCUUGCCAAAGACGUAAGGAGCGUCUCCACAACUUCCGUUGGUACCGGUAUAGCAGGCUACAUGGGCAACAAAGGAGCCGUCACUGCUCGUAUAAUUCUGGGCGAGACUACUCGCUUGGUCUUCAUCAACUGUCAUCUUUCUGCCGGCGCCGACCCUGGAGCACUGGAACGCCGCAAUUGGGAUGCGGCUCAGAUAGUCGCGCGGACACGGUUCGCACCGAUUACAGAUGCAAUGGAGCUUCAGCAGACUACUGGUGAGCAAAUUGGUGACGAAGAUUUUGCCUUUUGGUGCGGAGACCUGAACUACCGUCUUGAGGGCAUACCUGGUGAUGAUGUGCGCCGUCUGCUCAUGCUACAUACAAGGAAUGAGUAUGAUCUCAGCCAGCGAUCUGCGCAAAAGAUCGAGAACGAACUCCAGAGUGCCACUGCUUCAGUAAAGCGGCGAGUUGAGGACCGCUUGAGCAUCUCAAGCACUACAAGCAACGAAUCAAGGCUAAGCACAGAUAGCCGAACACGCCAUGCCAGCACACCGCCUACAAUCGUGGACGAGAUCGCGGCUUCGGAAGAUCCUACUUCCCUCCAGACUACCAUCUCGUCCCUUCUGCCGCACGACGAGCUUAUUCAACAAAUGAAGGCUCGGAAGGCCUUCCAUGACGGGUGGCGUGAGGGUCCCAUCAACUUUCUGCCAACAUACAAAUACGAUGCCGGCAGUGUAGGAGUCUUCGACUCGUCAGAGAAGAAGCGCGCUCCAUCAUGGUGUGACCGCAUUCUGUAUCGUACACGCCGUGAUCGACUCGCUUACGAAGCCAAGAUUAGAGAUGAAGAGCUCGCACGACAGCGGGACGAAGAAAUGAGAGCCAAUGGCACAGACCAAGCUGGACAAGACGAGGAGAUCCUGUAUGACUACGACCCUGAUACGGAUGGCGCUGAGGCCAAUGAUGAAUAUGACGAGCAUGAUGAUGAUGGCGCCAACCGGGUGGUCACGAAUGCAGGCUUCGAAGACGAGAUUGUGUUGGAAUACUACACGGCGCACCAGCGGGUGCUCUCGAGCGAUCAUAAGCCGCUAGAUGCUGUUUUCAAGCUCAGAUAUGACUGUGUAAUUCCUGAGCUGAAAGCGAAGGUGCAUGCGGAGGUGGCAAAGGAGCUUGACAAGGAAGAGAACGAGAGCAGACCAUCUGUCACGGUCGUCGUUGACAAGCACCGCGACAGCAUGGAGCAGUCAGAUGAGGACCCGGCAACGUUUGAGGGUGUCUGGCUUGGCAAUGUGAAAUAUGCGGUGGGCAAGCAUAGAAGCUUGACAGUAGCCAAUACAGGUCGCGUGCCCGCUACAUUCCGUUUCAUCGAGCGGCCGGUCGCAGGAACAGCGCAUACGGGCGUCGCACCAAAAUGGGUCAACCUUACUAUAGACGGGGUCGAGACUGCAAGCUCGAGCAAGUCUACCGAACCUAUUACGCUCGAGCCCGGUGACACGUGUGCCGUGGAGCUAGAGGUACGGAUCUGGGACGUCAAUACCAGCCACGACCUCAACGAAGGUCUCCUCGAGCUGGAUGACAUCCUCGUCCUUCGCGUUGACGGCGGCCGGGAUCACUUCAUCCCAAUCCGUGGCAAUUGGUUGGCCAACAGUCUCGGUCGAUCCAUUGGUAGGCUAACCCGCAUACCGGAGGGCGGCAUCCGCAAACUGCAGCGGCAGCGACCGGAUAGCAGCAAGAAGAGCCCAACCUCACCCGCCAGCUCGAAGUCUGUCUCGCCUACGCUCUUGAAGUUCCCACCUUCGGCCCUGGAUAGCCUUCCUGUGAGUGCAGCCGCUCCGCGCUUGCUUCCGCUGCUGACGCGGGCCAUAGAAGAGUUGAGCAUCCAAGUAGUGGCCGAAUGGGACAUGACGCAUUCUGCCGGCGAUAACGCAACCGCUGAAGAAAGCAUACCGCCGUGGAAGCGGUAUCCUAGCUGGCCUUUCGAUAAAGCUUGCUGGACAGAAAGGGACACACAGCAGUGGCAGGAAGCUGUGGGUGAUGCCUGUAAUGCCAUGGACUCGGACCAGCCGGUCGAGGCAAGUCUGCCGCUGGAGCUGCCACGUCUGCAGCGGCUGUAUGUACUGGCAGCUACACUGAUGCUGUUUCUGGAACAGCUGCCGGAUGGAGUCGUGGACGCAGAGCUCUGGUCGCGCAUCGACGCACAUAUGGCUCACGCGGAGAAGCUGAAGACCAAACCGUCUGUCGACGACCGACGUUUAGCUGUCCUGGAAAUCAUGGCGCAGAUACCCAGCCACAGUGUCUGCCUCAUUCUUAUCACCUCCAUGAUUGAGCGGGUCGUGCAAGAGACCGCGGCACCACAGCGUCCGGAAGAGCAUACGCAAAGUUCGCCAAGGAGACCCGGAGGGAGUUUGCGGCGGAUGACGGGGUUGGGUAGGCUGCCGGCAGCGGCUGAUGGGGAGCCAGCGAGCCACGCAAUAGCAAGGGUUUUUGCCAGUGUUGUUGUGAAAGCACCAGCACCAUCUUCCGAACGGGCGAAGGUCUUGCAAGAGAAGCGGAGGACUGAGAUGCUUGAGCUGUUCCUGCGCAAAGAUGAGCCUGGUUAGGUUCACAUUCGGU